GUCAGCCGGUUGGCUCUCUCCGCUCCGGGAGGCAGGUGACAGUGAGGCAUGGAAGGUCCGCAGGGAUGUGGUGUCCCCCAGGGGGAGUCUGGUGCCGCACAGACAGGAUCGCACUGAAUCCUCUCAACAGUCCCGAGGCAGCACCUUCGCCCCAUUCAGACGAGGACCUGAGGCUUUGGCCAGGCCACACAGCUGACAUGAACUUCCAGGUGACAGGCCUGGGCCUGGACAAGAUGAAGCUGGACAGUCCCCAGUCCUUCCUAGACCAGGAGGAGGCCGAGGAGGCUGAGGAUCAGCAGCUGCUGGAGCCAGAGGCUUGGAGGGCCUACAUGGAGCGCCGCACGGCGCUGCGCGAGUUCCUGACCUCGGACCUGAGCCCCCACCUGCUCAAGCGCCACCAUGCCCGCAUGGAACUGCUCAAGAAGUGUUCCUACUACAUCGAGAUCCUCCCCAAGCACCUGGCCCUGGGGGACCAGAACCCCCUGGUGCUGCCCAACACCAUGUUCCAGCUCAUCGACCCCUGGAAGUUCCAGCGCAUGAAGAAGGUGGGCACCGCCCAGACCAAGAUCCAACUCCUGCUGCUCGGGGACCUGCUGGAGCAGCUAGACCGUGGCCGCGCCGAGCUGGACGCUCUGCUGGAGUCGCCUGACCCGCGGCCCUUUCUGGCGGGCUGGGGGCUGGUGGCACAGAGGCUGGCAGACCUGUCGGCGGUCAUGGACAGCUUCCUGGCCAUGAUGGUACCUGGGCGCCUGCACCUCAAGCACCGUCUGGUGUCUGACAUUGGCACCACCAAGAUCCCGCACAUCAGGCUUAUGCUGAGCACCAAGAUGCCCGUCAUGUUUGACCGAAAGGGGUCGGUGGCCCACCAGGACUGGGCCAGCCUGCGCUGGUUUGUCACCAUCCAGCCGGCGGCCCCGGAGCAGUUCGAGCUGCGCUUCAAGCUGCUGGACCCACGGACACAGCAGGAGUGCAUGCAGUGCGGCAUCAUCCCCGUGGCCGCCUGCACCUUUGACGUCCACAACCUGCUGCCCAACCGCUCCUAUAGGUUCACCAUCAAGAGAGCAGAGAGCUACACGCUGGUGUACGAGCCUUGGUGGGACAGCCUCACCCUGCAGACCAGGCCGGGGCCCCCAGAAGGGCCCACCCCCAGUCGGCUAGGCAAGCCGGGCCUGCCCCUGACCACGCUGUCUGUGAGAUGAUUUUUUAAUAUUUAUCCACUAAUAAAGACUAUAAACACAC